UCACGUUAGUGAGAAAUAUCAAAUGAAAAAUAAUGACCAAGAUGAUGAUCAAGAUGAAAAUAGUGCUCAUAAUUAUAAAUAUGUAAAAAAAAGUGAAGGUAGUGCUGAUAAUAAUGAUGGUGGAGGAGGUGAUGGUGAAGGAGAAAAAGAAUUUACAAAAGGUGGUGAAGUUGAACAAAAUGAAGAUUAUUAUAAGAAGCAAGGAAACAAGGAAGAAAAGGCCUACAAGAUCUGGCACGAACAUGACAAAACCAAGAAAGGUUAUCACGACAAAGAACAGCAUAAUAAGGAGUACGAAGAAAAGGAUGGAGAAAAAAAAGAACACGGAGAAGAUGGCGAAUACUAUCAAGACCACUAUCAAGACGAGAAGGGUAAAAAGGAAGUAGAAUUUAAUGAAAAAGGCGAACACAAGAAAGGUCACAAUACCAAAGGCGAACAUUCGGUACACAAAAAGGAUGAGUACGAAAAAAAAACCGAAUUCUUUGAUGAGUUUCACGAAGAUGGCGACAGCGAGAAAGAUGGAGGAUAUUAUAACAAGCAUGAAGCUGAAAAAGGUGGUAAAAUGAAAUCCGGCCAUUAUGACGAAGCUUUCAAAGAAGAUAAGUAUGGAAACUCGAAAGAAUACAAAGAGAGUGAAUAUCAUGAUGAAGAGAAGGGCAAGGGCAGUAAGGAAGGCCAGGAAAGUCGCUAUGAUCACGAAAAGAAGUAUAAGGAAAAAAGUGCUCAUGAAAGUGGAAAGAAGUGGAUGAUGGACAGUGGCAACGGUGGUAAUGGAAAAGAUGAUGGUGACGGAGAUAGUGGUAAUGAAAAAGCUGGUGAUGAUCAUAAUCAUAGGCGCUAAUCAUAUAAAGAUCAUAGGCAAAUAGUUAACGCGAAGUGAUCAAUAGAAUAAAAUAUGAUUAUCGUGAUUCUCGAUAAAUUUGAAAUAUUUUCACGAACGAUCCACAUUUAUUUUUCUACGUUGAGUGAUAAAUUUUAUUAUUAUAUUUCUUUUUAAAUCA